AUGUCUGUGAGUAUGUGCAUCCAAGCUAUCAGGACCAGCAAGAUGUUCAUGCCGCUCACAUCAAUCACCACGCCUCGAUACUGGCCAUGUUCGCGCUGUCAGCGUGGAGGCAUCAACGCUGGCGAUUCCAAGCUCGUCUUCGAGUCUUCCGAGGAGGUCAAAGUCGCGCCGACUUUUGACGCUUUGGGGCUCAAGGAGGAUUUGCUGCGAGGGAUAUACGCCUACAACUUCGAGCGCCCCUCAGCCAUCCAACAGAGGGCCAUCUUGCCCAUCGUGAGGGGAAGGGAUGUCAUCGCUCAAGCUCAAAGCGGAACGGGAAAAACGGCAACUUUUAGCAUCGCCCUGUUGCAGAGCAUCGAUACCAGCUUGAGGGAAACGCAGGCGCUGGUACUUAGCCCGACAAGGGAGUUGGCAACGCAGAUUCAGAGUGUCGUGCUGGCCUUGGGGGACUACAUGAACGUGCAAUGUCAUGCUUGCAUCGGUGAGUGUGCUCCUUCUUCACAGGAGAAAUUCUGCUGGGAAGGGAGUGCAGCGGUCCUCUGUCUGCCAGGACAGGCUACAUGCUCUUUGAUUCAUGGAGCGGAAUACUCUAACUUCUCUGUUGCUGAUACCUGUCUGCGCUUUGAAUCGCUCCGAUCUUAGGAGGAACCUCUGUGGGCGAAGACAUUCGCAAGUUGGAGUACGGGCAGCACGUGGUCUCUGGGACACCCGGCAGAGUAUUCGACAUGAUCCGCAGGAGGCAUCUUCGCACAAAGAACAUCAAGAUGCUCAUCCUGGAUGAGAGCGACGAACUUCUCAAUUUGGGCUUCAAAGAUCAGAUCUACGACGUGUACAGAUACCUGCCCCCAGCUACUCAGGUAGUGCUGCUCUCAGCCACGCUGCCCCAGGACGUGCUCGAGAUGACUACCAAGUUCAUGACAGAUCCGUAAGUAGCCUCCGCGUCAUCGCUUCAUUUGCAGUGCCAGCAUGUAAUUGACGGCAAACUCUCUAUGCCAUAAGAAUUCGUAUCCUAGUCAAGCGUGACGAGCUAACGUUGGAAGGCAUCAAGCAGUUCUUCGUAGCGGUGGAAAAGGAGGAUUGGAAGUUCGACACACUCUGCGAUCUGUACGACACGCUCACCAUCACUCAGGCGGUCAUCUUUUGCAACACGAGGAGAAAAGUGGAUUGGUUGACGGAAAAAAUGCGGGAGAAUAAUUUUCAAGUCAGCAGUAUGCACGGCGAAAUGCAGCAAAAGGAGAGGGACGCCAUCAUGGCCGAGUUUAGGCAGGGUGCUAGCAGGGUGCUCAUCACUACCGAUGUGUGGGCGCGAGGCAUAGACGUUCAGAACGUGUCGCUGGUCAUCAAUUACGAUUUGCCUUCGUGAGUGCUGGGCGAAUCGAACUUGCGUUGAAUCAGAUAGCUCACGGAACUGGUGCCCGUGCUUCAGCAACCGCGAGAACUACAUCCACCGUAUCGGUCGAUCAGGUCGUUUCGGGCGCAAGGGUGUCGCGAUCAAUGUGAGUGAUUGUCAAGCUCUCAAAGAGGCUGUAAAGGGGGCGCGCCGAAGCUCACGGAUCUCAUUCAUCACCUUUUGAUCCGCAGUUCGUCACAGUGGAAGACGUUAGGAUUCUGCGAGAUAUCGAACAGGUCAGUCACUGUGCUGCUCUGCGAGUGAUGGGGUAGACGAGCUAACGUGCCCCCUUCGUCUUACCUCUGCCAUCCACAGUACUACGCGACGGUCAUCGAUGAGAUGCGUGAGUUGGGCAGCCCUUAGGAUUGGCAGAGUGUUGCACUGCUAUCCCUCAUGCUGACAUUUGCAUAUGUCGUCCCCACCUGCUCGUAGCUGUGCGAGUCGAGGAUUUGGUACGUUUCGCCCCGUGA